CGCAAAAGCAGAGGGUCGUGUCUAACCAUCUAAUUCUUACAUUAAACAUCCUUGCCGCUGUAUUGACCCGUCUCUGGUGAAUAUCAUAUAACACAUCUCCGCGCCGAGCCUUCUCAUUCUACCCCAGUUUCAUCGCAGUACCACGAUGCCUGAUAUUAAGCGUCAGAUCAAGCUCGUUACUGAGCAGCACGUCUUGCCUGAUGUCCCCUCAGAAGUCGAGGGCUUCCCUAUGCGCGAGUGGAGCAUCGAGAUCUACGUAGUAGGACCCAACGACGAACAACUGCCCGCCACCUGUUUCGAGAAGGUGACCUACCGCCUGCACGAGUCUUUCGGCAAGCGCGCCACACAACAUCUGAAGAACCCUCCUUUCAGGAUUCAAGAGCAAGGAUGGGGUGAAUUCGACAUGUCUAUUGUCCUUCAACCUUUCUCCCAGCCAAAGGGCGAACAGACUGUCUUCCACGACUUGAACUUCCAGCAAGAGCGCUAUGAGAGUCUGCAGCAGUUUACUUUCCGCAACCCCAAGCCCGAACUCAUAGAAAGACUGAGGGAAUCUGGGCCAGUGGGCGAUGCCAACGGUGCUCCCAAGCCCGAGAAGAGAAAGAAGACUUCCAAGACUCAAGUCGAUAUGGAGAAGUUGGCCGAGGGUCUGGAGAGACUCGGUGAGGACGACCUCUUGCACGUCGUCCAACUGGUCCACGACAACAAGACCGAGGAGACAUACACCAAGAAUGAUGUUGAGAACGGCGAGUUCCACGUCGACCUUUACACUCUUCCGGACCAGCUCAUUAAAAUGCUAUGGGACUUCGUCAACCAGAAGGUCAACAUCUCAGAAUUCUGAAUAUCCUGAUAAUCUACCUAGCUGUCUUAUUUGCUUGUGAUUCACUGGGGACGGAUGAACACCCGUCAGAAAUGGCCACCCCAAUUCCAGUCCACACACGCGUGUGAAGUGCUCAUGGGGCGAGCACUACAAUGGAGGUUCGAGUACGAGACGAAAAGGUGCAGAAACGGCAGCAAGAAUUGAAGGGCGUUUGACGACAACAUAAUCGAUACCCGCCGGAAAUAACGAUAUGGCUUUUUUUCUAUUACUUCUCAGGUAGCUGGACAAAAAUAAUGGUCCUCUACUACAUGUGUGCCUCCUCUUUCUGCUGUCUAUCGUGCCCAUUGCAAGUUCUUCCAUGAGAUCUAACAGGACUAGCAAUCUUGAAGUCUCGUUUAGAUGAAAAUGCCAGACAGCUUCCACCAACACGCACUGAUGGUACUUGACAGACGAGGAAGGUGUUCGUGGUGUAUAAAUUCAUGAUUCUUU